UAUGCAAAGAAGUCACACUGCUGUCUCAACAUGAGAAAAUGUUCAUAUUUGCAUGCGUACAAGUAUGUAUAUAUACCCAACUCCCUCCCGCGUAUAUACGUAAAUCAAUUCAUUAUCCCCUCCCCUCCCUUCCUCUUCCCAAUCCUCAUAAAAGCAUGCAAAAGAAAACAGAAACCCCCACCCCAACCACCACCGUCUAAUAAAAGCCCCCCAACAUACUACACCCUCCCCGCGCCCCUCUCAC